CCCCCCCGCCCGCCCGGCAGCUUCGGCAAUAGCAGCAAAGCCGCUGUCUGCGCCGCUAGUCCGCCGCCGUCCUCUCCCAGCCGCCCGCCAUGGCUCGCGCGGGGGCCUCCUCCUCCUCCCCGCCACCGCCGCCACAGCCUCCCUUGCCUCUCACGCGGGAGGCGGCCGAGGAGGAGGAGGAGGAGGAAGAGGACGGGGAGGAAGACGAGGAAGACGAGGAGGAGGAGGAAGAGGAGGAAGAUCCCCCAGGCCGGGCUCUCAUGCCACGCUCCUCCCCGGUGCCCAGGCCUCAGCACCCCAGCGCCUCAGAGAGCUGCUGUUCUUCGUCAGAGGACGACGGGGAGGAGGAGGAGGAUGACGGGCACCACCACCAGCAGCACCCUUGCUCGGCCAGGCCACUCUCUCAGCAUCCCCCAGGCCUGCCUCCUGGGCCACUUUCCCAGCAUGCAGUGCAGGGCAGCCCAGGGCUCCCUUCCCAGCAUGCCCAAGGGCACCCUGGACUGUUUCCCCAACAUGCCCCUGCGGCCGCCACCCCGGUGGAGGAGCCCUCUCAGCACCCCGCGGGCCGGCACGUGCUGUUUGCCGACGCCUUGGGCCUGCCCUUGGCACGCUGGCGGCGCUACCAGCCUUGGCCGCCGCCUUCUUCUUCCCCAGAGUCCCCCCCUGAGGUGGUGCCCGCCUUGGCUUCCCUCCCUCCCUCCGCAGGUACCCCUUACCUUUUGCCAUCUUUUGUGCUGCAACCGGUGGGGCGAGAUGAGGACGAGAAGCUUGAGCGGCUGCGCCAGGCCAAGGUAGAAUUGGAAGAAGUUUUGCCACCUGAGCCCGGAGAGUUGCGAGUGCUUCGUGGCACGGUGCGCGUGCUCAACGUUUCGUACCACAAGGCUGUGCAUGUGCGGGCCAGCAGGGACCGGUGGCAAAGUUACCGGGAUUACCCCGCCCUCUAUAUUCCAGGGGGGUCGCCAGAUGGGGGCCUGACUGACCGCUUUGCCUUCCGCCUGGAGUUUGGCGACGAGGAUGAGGAAGAUGAGGAAGAAGGAGGAGCCCGGCUUGAUUUUGUGGUGCGCUAUCAGACUGAAGAAGGAGUUUACUGGGCCAAUAACCAGGGCAAGAAUUAUAGUGUGGUGCUGAAGGGGGCGGCGGCUACCCACGUUCUACCCACGAGGUCUUCUAAAGAAGGUGAAUCACGUCGGCUCAAGAGCUGUAUGAGGCCAGUCAAAAUCAGGUCAGGUGAAAAUGAGCUGCAAGUAGAGGACAUAACUCAGUAUAUUUAUUCUGAAGAAACAAGUAUUGAAGGAAAUCUAUCCAAGGAAUUUCCAAACUCUUCUGUGGUGCAGCUUUCAACUCCAAUCAAACAGAUUCCAGAGCUCACAAUCACUACUAACUCACCAGAAAAGAAGGACCCUUCUAAAGAUCAUCUCGUAGAUUUUACUGAUUCCCCACAGGGACAUGCUAUCAGGGUCCACACUACAUCUCACGAGGAGCUGAAAGUGCCGUUGGGUUUCAUGCUAGGUCCUGAACCCCAUUCCUUGGGACAGUGGGAUGCUGCUCCUGAAUUUAGCAAGGGUGACCUCACCACAGAGGGCUCCUUCAUGGAAGAAUGCAUGGAGGAGCAGUUGAGAAGAUACCAAGAGCUGCCCCAUCGCUUGGAGGAAGAUGCCAUAGAUCGAGAACUGGAACAGCUUUACUUGUCCCAUCUGAGCCGGCUUCGAGCAGAGGAGCUUGGAGGAAGAGGAGAGUGGUCCGAGGAGAGCUCAGGCAACAACGCCAGUCCUGUGCCGUCUCUCAUUGCGUUGCGUCAGAGUGUCUUGACUGAUCGUGACCUCAUAGUCAACUGGACAGGCCCAGAGAGAGCACUCAACAGUUCCCUGGCAAACGAGAUCACACUGUACUAUGCUAAGCAACGGGGCGAUGACUCCAGAGAUAGUGAGGAGGAGGGGAUUAUGGCAGGUUAUGCAACACAGGGACCACCUGAGGUGGUGGGAACAGGCCGUGAUAGCCCACCAGUCUUACUAGAAGGCUGCUUUCUAAAUCAUCUGGAAGAGGGAAAUGUCCAGCAGAGUCCAAUGGAGGACUCUGACUCCAGCUUGAGAGUGGUGGCACCUAACACCUUGAGGCCACUAAUUCCAGAGGCUAUGGUGAUGCCCCUUGUAGUUCCAGCCCGGACACUAGCGCCCCUACCAAAGCGGCCCACAGACCUGCCAUCCAGCCCUCUUGAUGCCCCUGGACAAGGCAAGAGCCAGGGCUUCUUGAUAGGGCAUGGCAGCCUCUGGCUGGGCGAGGGCCUUUGUGUCCACAAGCCCCCUGAAAACAGUCCCGCUCCUCAUAAUGAACUUGAGAAGAUCUUGACACGCUCCCUGCGGUUCCUCAGCCUCUUUGUCUUCCUUCCCAUGGUUUUCAACAGCUGCAUGCCUUUGGUGGCCGUUACACUAUACCUCCUUUUGGAUUGGUUCUCAUAAUUGAGUGUGGCUCUCAGAAGUGCCAAAGGCUCGCGAGAAGAUCUGUAACUUGGCUCUAUCCCCGUUUCACCUGAACCAGCUAAAAAUUUGGCAGUAGCAUCAGAUCUUUUUGGAGUUAAUGGCACGUCGAUCCUAAAUUUCCCAAGGUUCAGAACUAUUUAUUUUUUAUUAAAUCAUCUGGUAUAAGAGAUGAAUUGCUUGGACAAUAAAAAAUGAGCUAUAUGUGAAACUCGCCAUGAAAUUGGAUUUGAAGGUAACAUUUGUAAGGCCCAGAGCAGGUGACGGUGGGCUCAAAGCCCCCAAUAGCCCCCCCCAUUUCUCCCUUUGCACAUUUUAAUCAAGAAGGUUAGAAGUAACAGCAUUGUCCACCCUUCAUUUUCAAAUAGAGGCAAUUGAGUAUGCCUUGUUUGAACAGCCUCAAAUCCUACUCAAAAGAGCCAGAAUAAUAUUUCUCCCUUCCGCCUUUAAAAACAAAAUUCCUUGUUAAGAUUUAGUAGACUUUGUCUCUGCUUUUGGCCUUCCUCUUUCAGGUUCUUGGAUGAAAUCCAAUUAACUUACUUAUAAGAAGUAAGUCAUUAAUUUAUUUCCAAUUUGAGAAUGAGGCAAACAUUUCCUAAAAUAACCAUAUUCUUUGCUAUUUUUACAGACAUACGCUUUUAGCGAGCUUUGACUGUAACUUGUUUUGUGACAAAGCAGAACAAUAUUAAGGGAUAAUUUCAGACUAUUUAGAAUCUUAACAAAUCAAACAUUUACAUUUCUAAGGAAAAAAGUCAAAAUGGCCCAUGUAAAACUUAAGAUAGAAUGUUUUAUUUAAAUUCUAUAUGCCCAUUCUCUAUAUAUUAAUGCAAAGUUUGGCAACUACGGUAAAUUCCUAGUAAGUUUGAGGAGCCUCUGGUUUUAUUAUAUUACACAGUUCCAACCUGUUCUGUGUAAGAGAUUUGGAGAAAUCAACUAGCUAGCUCAGUUUCUAUCUUGCUUUUCUCAUGUGCAGGUAGAAAUGAUUACUAAUUAAGUGAAUUCUGCAUUAACAAAAGAGAUUUGGAGAAAUCAACUAGCUAGCUCAGUUUCUAUCUUGCUUUUCUCAUGUGCAAGUAGAAAUGAUUACUAAUUAAGUGAAUUCUGCAUUAACAAAAGAGAUUUGGAGAAAUCAACUAGCUAGCUCAGUUUCUAUCUUGCUUUUCUCAUGUGCAGGUAGAAAUGAUUACUAAUUAAGUGAAUUCUGCAUUAACAAAAGAGAUUUGGAGAAAUCAACUAGCUAGCUCAGUUUCUAUCUUGCUUUUCUCAUGUGCAAGUAGAAAUGAUUACUAAUUAAGUGAAUUCUGCAUUAACAAACAAACAAAAAUCCCAUUGAGUUAAAAAUGACACCCCCCCCCUGCCUAGUGCUAAUCUAUUGUGGAAGUUCCCUUGGCUCUUUGGGAAAGAAUGUAGGCUUAAACCUGAAGACACUACCCUGUGACUUAGCAGUCUAUCAAUGUGAAAAAGACGAACAGAUGACCCCCUAAUCCCCAUUUAUUUUUACAAGGCUGGGAAAUUGUAAAUAUGUUUUGAAAAUAUCAUGAAGCACUUUCUUUCAGAAUGUUCUCCUGUGCCAGCCUCAGUGAAUUUAAACAAGGAAAGUCCAAAGGCAAAAUAGCACUUUCGUUGAGCACCUGAUUUCAGAAGGAUUUGUGCAAUCCUCCACUUCUCUGUAAUUUCCCAUGAUUUGAAUGAAACAGGGAGACAGACAGAAGUUUUCCAUUCCAAAGAAGAUUGGCAGCAUUCUCAGCUUUUUUUUUUUUUUUUUUGCCCGUACAGCUUCUGCAAAAUACAAUCACAACCAUUCCAGAUGGCCUCAACAAUCGGACAGCCAUUCAUGCCCCCUAUCCUGAGCCAUACCCAGCUUCUUAGGAAGAAACUUUGGACUGCUGACUGUCUGUGCAUCUAGGACGCCUUUUCACUCCUGGAUCCUUCACUUCUCUGCCAGUGGCAGGGUCCAGCAUAGAGGACUACAGGAAAGAUCCUUAAAAACAGAUGGCCCCCCAUAUUUAUUUUUGUACCUGGUGGGAAGGCUGACUUUUUCUACCGUAGAAUUCAUCCCAAGAUAGAGAUUUUAUUUAUUAACAACUAGCAGUACAAACCCAGGCUGGUGGGUUUGCAGAAGAUUAAAAUAAUUUAUAUAUAUACACGUGUUCGAUGUCUGCAGCAAAGGAGUAGAUUGGAAAUACCCCGUGUCUUUAUGUGCAAUAGGUUGAAAUGGCACUGAACUUGCUGUAAGAAGGAAGCCCGCCCGCUUUCAUGCUGCUAAAUGUUUUUCAUUAACUUCCUCUUGAAUGUUGUACUGUCAGCAGCUGCUGUGAUAUAGCUUGUGGGGCCUUGUGGAGGAAGUGGAGAUAUUUGUAUGGGUUCUGAAGCCACUUCUGUCUGCUGAUCCAGAGACACGGCCCUGCUUUCCCCAUCCAUUGGUGAAUGCUCUUAAUUAAGGAACAUAGGGAGGCUUGGAAAGUGGAAUACUGUUUGUGCUUCAUGAAGAGAGAUCUGUCCUGACAUCAGUCACCUUAAAAAAUAUAUCUGUAUUUUCCAGAUAAAAUCUGAGAUCAGAAUGUAAUUAGCAGUCACGGCUAUGUG